AUGAAGAUGCUGCUUGGACUCGUGCUCCUCUCCCUCCUCGUCUCUCCAGUGCUGUCACUGGAUUGCUACGUGUGCAGUUCUUCUCCCACCAAUGCACAAUGCAACAGUAACAACAAAACUCAGACAUGUCAGCCGCCACUGGACACGUGCAUGACCGCCAUCGACAUUUUAGGCUUUGAGAAAGCCAUAGUGAAGUCGUGUGCCAGUCAGGCCACAUGCAAUGGAGCUGCCGCAGCCGCAUCAGUCGACUCAAGCGGAAACGGAAACAUCGUGAACUGCUGCAACAGCUUUAACUUGUGUAACUUCAGUGGAGCAGAGUCUGUUCACAUACACACAACACUGCUGCUUUUGACUGUGCGUAGGAUGUGA